UGUCAACAACGUUGUACAGGUUCUACCACAUGGCUGACUUUUGUCUGUAAUAAAUUAGGUUGUCAACCUUAUUUCAAAUCUAAUCCAAACAUAUUUGUUUACUCUUGCUGCUCCGGUGUAAUUAGCUUUGUUUUUGUGUUGCCAGUGUGUUCAUGAAUAAGGCACUAUAAACUUUUGGGUGUGUUCGGAUUCGAUAGGACUUGGCUGUCUGGAAUGGCUCUUUUCAUGAUAAAUCGAUAUCUGGGUGAGGAGGAGGAAAGUACAUCAAGCAGUGUGUCAAGAUCCCAAGCCCUGCUGGCCAAGCUCCAGAAACGAGCCAAAUCCAAAGAGCAGAAGAGUUUGCCAGUCGAAGUCGCUGCCAAGGACACCAGUGCAGGACGGAGGGACCUAGUAAGGAGCAAAAGGAAACUUCAAUGUCAAGAAAAAGAAAAAAAACUACACAAGAAGAGCAGGAAAGAAGGCAUCAAGUGUCUGGAUGAUGUCGAAGACACGACUGUCCCUACGGAACUCUCAGGGUCGCCUACAAAUGACCAGGCAACAAAGAAAACAAAGAAAAAAGACAAAAAGAAAACUGUUACAAAUGAAGAGGAACAAUAUAUAGGUAAUGAUCCAUCUGAAGAGUCGCUUGAAGCUGUGGAGAAGACAGAGGGCAACAGUGGGGUGAAACAAGGCAAAACCGCAGAUGCUCAGCCUGACCAGUCAAACAGGGUGUCUGGGCAGGGUUCGUCUGACAGCAGCUUCCACAUCCUGGGUGGAUUUGAGAUGAAGAAAGCAGAGAAGUUCCAGAGAUUUCUGCCUAAGUGGCUGGCUGAGCCGGAUGUGAUUCAGAGAGACAUUAAUAGUAACCUGGUCCCUCUCAGUGAAAUGACAUGCAUCUGCCCCCUGCUGAGAAAGCAGCUGGAGAACAAAGGAAUCCAGAACUUGUUCCCAGUUCAAGCUGAGGUGAUCCCCGCCAUCUUGCAGAGCGUGAAUUCAGGGCUGUUCAUUGGACCAGGUGGCUACAGGCCCCGGGAUAUCUGCGUAUCAGCUCCUACAGGAAGUGGAAAGACGCUGGCCUUCGUUAUACCUGUCAUACAGGCGCUGUUGGAGCGAGUGGUGUGUGAAGUUCGCGCGCUGGUGGUGCUGCCCACCAAAGAGCUCGCUCAGCAGGUGUAUAGAGUUUUCUGCUCCUACGCUGAAAGAACCAGCUUGAAGGUGGUCAUGGCUGCGGGGCAGAAAUCGUUCUCGGCAGAGCAGGCAAGCCUUUCAGAAACCAGAGGGGGCGUAUGCCGCAGUCUUGCAGAUAUUGUUGUGGCAACACCAGGUCGCCUGGUGGACCACAUCAACAAAAAUGAAAACUUCAGCCUGCAGCAUCUCCGCUUCUUGAUCAUCGAUGAGGCUGACCGAAUGACCGACAGCAUGGACCAGGCCUGGCUCAGUCAGGUGACCAAAAUGGUCUUUAAGCAUGAGAGAGGUUCAGAGACAUCAAUCUUCAGGAGGGCGGAGCCUGGCCCAAUAACAGUGGCAAGUCUGUCUCCCCCUCAGAUGCCGCUGCAGAAGCUGCUCUUCUCAGCCACUUUGACCCAGAACCCGGAGAAACUGCAGCAGCUCAGUCUUUAUCAGCCUCGUCUGUUCAGCUCCAAGCACACCUCAGCACUCAGCUGCACACACACACAAGAUAAAUUCAUCUUCCCCCAGGGCCUCUCGGAGUACUAUGUCCCCUGCACUCUGAGCAAGAAACCUCUUCUCAUCCUCCACUUCCUGCUCCGACUCAAGUUCAGGCCUGUCUUAUGUUUCACAAACUCACGGGAGGCAGCGCACAGGCUUUACUUGUUGGUAAAGCUCUAUGGAGGAGUGGAAGUUGCAGAAUUUUCCUCCAGACUCAGUUCCAAGGAGAGGAAGGAAAGCCUGAAAAGCUUUGAACGAGGAAAGAUUCAUCUGCUAAUUAGCACUGACGCUGCAGCCAGGGGCAUCGAUAUACAAGGAGUUAAAUGUGUCAUUAACUACGAUGCCCCUCAGUUCAUCAGAAACUACGUCCACAGGGUGGGAAGAACAGCAAGAGCAGGAAAAUCUGGAGUGGCUUUCACGUUCAUUUUAGGAGUGCAGCAGGAGAGAUUUGAGAAAAUGGUGCAGGAGGCCGGCAGUCCUGGUCUACAGAAACAUAUUGUAAAACCGGAGAUCCUCAAAGAAAUGGAGAGCCGCUACGGAGAAGUAUUAGAAAAGCUUGGUAAAAUUAUACGGGAGGAAAAUGCACGGAAGCGUUUCUAAGGAUUAUUAACAAUCUGCAAGAAUUGUUUUUUCACGUCUUUUUUUUUUUAAAGAAAAAAAUGUGUUUUCAAUAAAAUGUACAAAUUAAAAUUAAA